CUCUAUCCUCCCUCCCUGCCUGCAUAUAAACGUGACCUUCGUGUUCCUCUUAAAUCCGACCCUCUCCAGAGAAUGUCAUCGGCCGCCCAGCCAGCCACAACUGCAGCGCUCCGCCAUUAAAAUAACACCUCUCAUUUCUUUCUUUCUCUCUCUCUCUCUCCCUCUUCUUUCUCUAUUGUUGUGUUUCGGUAAUCAUGUCUGCAACUGUAGCGAACGUUUUCUUGCUCACCUUCUUGUUGGUGUUGCAGACGCAGCAAGCUGUAUGGGGCUUCAGUUCGAACCUCACAAGCAGGAAGAAGCAGCCGUGGGGCGGGCCGGUGGGGCACCGCUUCAUCACCGUCGACUGCAACGGGUACGGGGACUUCAGGACCGUCCAGGCGGCGGUGGACUCUGUGAGUGAGAACAACAACAAGAAAGUUCUCAUUCAAAUCGCUGCUUGCUACUACGUGGAGAAGGUGGUGGUGCCAAAGACGAAGCCGUACAUAACGUUCCAAGGGGAGGGGAUGGGCGUGACGGUGAUCGAAUGGCACGACCGCGCCGGCGACCGGGGUCCCUCCGGCCGACGUAUUCAUACGUACAACUCGGCCUCCGUCAUCGUCCUCGCCGACCACUUCUCUGCUAGGAACAUUAGCUUCAAGAACACUGCACCAGCUCCCAUGCCGGGUAUGGAAGGGUGGCAGGCAGCCGCAUUUCGGAUUUCCGGCGACAAGGCAUACUUUUCCGGCUGCGGGUUCUUCGGCGCGCAGGACACGCUCUGCGACGACGCAGGACGGCAUUACUUCAAGGAGUGCUACAUUGAGGGGUCGAUCGACUUCAUCUUCGGGAACGGGAGAUCCAUGUACAAGCACUGCGAGCUUCACUCCAUCGCAACCAAGUUCGGGUCGAUCGCCGCGCAAGACCGGCGAGACCCACAGGAGAAGACUGGGUUCGCGUUCGUGCACUGCCGAGUCACCGGCUCGGGCCCGGUCUACGUCGGGCGAGCCAUGGGCCAGUAUUCGAGGAUCGUGUUUGCGUAUACGUACUUCGACGACGUGGUUGCCGCAGAGGGAUGGGAUGACUGGGACCAUGAGAGCAGCAAGGACAAGACUGUGUUCUUUGGAGUGUACAAAUGCUGGGGCCCGGGUUCCACAUCGGUCCGUGGCGUGUCAUGGGCCCGCGAGCUCGACUACGACACUGCACAUCCUUUCCUCUCCAAAAGCUUUGUCAAUGGCAGGCACUGGAUUGCCCCAUCUGAUGCCUGAGCUCCGCAAGAAGAAGGGUAAUUGUAAUUGUAAACAGCAGGAUUUGGUCUCAGAGAUUUAAAGUAGUAACAUAAAGGGAAUGAUCAGCUAUAAGUAACAUUUAGUUGGAAAUAAGACCAAGCAAACUGCACCCGCAUGUACUAGUUGGUAUGGCCAAGGUGAAGAGCGUUCAUACCUCAACGGGGCUUUGCUGGUGUCGAUUUUCGUUACCCGAAAGAGUUUACUGUAACAUUAGCUAAAUUUAGCGUCAAAAAUUAUGUAAACUCCUCUGUGUCCAUUCAUUUUAGUUCUUUGGUUGGUGAUUACCUUGGUAAACUUGUUUGGUCCCCAUGUAACGACUGAAAGAAAUUUCCUAAGCAUUAAUUUCUGUUAA